CAUUUCACCAACUAAUCAGGCCCUAAAAUAGACUAAAAUAAACAUUCAAAUAGCGGGACGUGACACGUGACUGACCUGACAGUGCCACGGAGACUGCUGACAGCGACACAGAGGACAGAGCAACGACCAAUCAUCGAACAAACGAUAUAAUUAACUAACAUGCACGGGGUUCACGAGCGCACCAGAUCAUCAUUGGCAGGCAUACGCAACGCAACAGCAGCCGCGAUGGCCGCGGCGCCGGGCGAGGUUAGCGGCGGCCAAGGCAACGGCGGCGUCACCGCCAUCGCCGAGCUCACCAUCUCCUCGCUGCCGCUGGAGACGCGAUGCGCGCCGUUCCCCCUGCGUCAGCACGGCGGCUUCUGGCUGCCGGAGACGUUCCUCCCGGGGCUCGAGGCCGCGCGCGCGCGCUUCGAGCCGCGGCCGUCCGACGUCCUCCUCGCGAGCUUCCCCAAGUCCGGCACCACCUGGCUCAAGGCGCUCGCCUUCGCGACGCUCAACCGGGCCGCCUACCCGCCCUCCGGCGAGGGCCACCCGCUCCGCCGUCGUGGCCCGCACGACUGCGUGCAGUUCCUCGAGUCGGCGCUUGUGGUGUCCGACGACAUGUUUGCUUCACUCCCUUCGCCGCGUUUACUGUCUACCCACCUGCCUUACUCCCUCCUGCCUGAGGGCGUCAAGGCGGAUAGCUCCGGCUGUCGUAUCGUCUACAUUUGCAGGGAUCCCAAAGACGUUCUUGUCUCCUGGUGGCUGUUUACCAAGAAGGCCUUGGGCACUCAAGAUGGACCUACCAACGGAGGCAACAAGCCAAUGCUUUCCAACGGACCAUACUGGCGCCACGUGCUGGAGUAUUGGGCAGAGAGCAAGAGGAGGCCACAGAAGGUUCUCUUCCUCCGCUACGAGGAGAUGACACGAGAGACGACGAGCAACGUGAGGAAGCUGGCCGAGUUCAUGGGCUGCCCGUUCUCCGGCGAGGAGGAGGCAGACGGCGUGCCGGACGCCAUCGUCGGCCUCUGCAGCUUCGACCAUCUCAGGAGCUUGGAGGUAAACAGGAAUGGUGCCAAUGAUUUCAACAUCAAAAACGACUCGUUCUACCGAAAGGGGGUGGCUGGAGACUGGGCCAAUUAUUUGUCACCUGAGAUGGCGGCACAGCUGGAUCUGGUCAUUGACGACGAGUUGCGGUCCUCUGGGUUUAGCUUUGCCACCGGUGGACGGUAACUCAGCAUGAGCCGCCACAGGUAUAGCCCAUCGACCGGCCUUGUGGUCGGACCACGGUGAUCGAUGCAUGCUGCGCAAGAAGAUCCAUCGCAGUUACCUGCUACUACUGCUAGUAGUACAUACACCCAAAGCAUUGUUUGGUCAAGGAUAUAAUAAGAGCGUAGGUUGUAUUGAAAUCUCAAACUGGGGAUAAAUAAAGUCAUUGCCUAGAAUUCUA